AUGGGAGUCCAAGGUCUGUGGGAUCUAAUCGCUCCCGUCGGCCGUCGAGUAUCUGUAGAAACCCUAGCCGGCAAAAAAUUAGCCAUCGAUGCUAGUAUAUGGCUGGUCCAGUUUAUGAAGGCGAUGAGAGAUGACAAGGGAGAGAUGGUGCGGAACGCUCAUUUGCUUGGCUUCUUUCGUCGAAUUUGUAAGCUUUUGUAUCUUCGCACUAAGCCUGUCUUUGUCUUCGAUGGUGCCACCCCUGCUCUCAAGCGCCGCACCGUCAUUGCUCGUCGGAGGCUGCGCGAGAACGCCCAGGCUAAGAUUCGCAAAACCGCUGAGAAAUUGCUUCUUAAUCAACUGAAGUCAAUGAGGCUGAAAGAACUGGCAAAGGAUCUAGAGAAGCAGAAUGCUGCUAAUAAGAAGGGUAAGCAGAAGAAGAUUUUGGAAGAGAACACACACGUGCUGUCAGAGUCCGAAAAGCUCGAUGAAAUGCUGGCAGCCUCCAUUGCUGCUGAGGAAGGAGGGAGUUUAAAUAACAAUGCAUCCACAUCUGCUGCUGCUGCUGUGGAGGACAUGGAUAGCGAUGGAGAUGAAGAGAUGAUAUUGCCAACAAUAGAUGAGGUUGUUGACCCAGCUGUCUUAGCUGCUCUGCCCCCAUCAAUGCAACUUGAUAUACUGGUUGAGAACCAGAAUGAGAAGCGCCAGAAUAAUGUGAAGGGAAAGGAGAUUUUGUCAGAUGAAACUGACAUUGAAGGGAGCAAUUUAGGAAGAGAUCAUGUGGCGACAGAGAGUUACAAUCAGGAGAAGUCAGACGAAAUGUUGGCAGCAUCUAUGCUGGCUGAGGAGGAAGGUGGAGAUGAAGAUGAAGAUGAAGAGAUGAUACUGCCACAUGGGAAGGUUGAUCCAGCUGUCUUAGCAGCUCUGCCACCAUCAAUGCAACUUGAUCUUCUGGUCCAGAUGAGAGAGAAUUUGAUUGCUGAAAACAGACAAAGGUAUCAAAAAGUUAAGAAGGUGCCCGAAAAAUUCUCUGAGCUUCAAAUACAGGCAUAUCUUAAAACUGUUGCUUUCCGUCGUGAGAUAGAUCAAGUGCAGAAAGCUGCUGGUAGAAAUGAUGUUGGUGGUGUUCAGGCUUCAAGGAUAGCUUCUGAAGCAAACAGAGAAUUUAUUUUCUCAUCAUCCUUUUCUGGGGAUAAAGAGUUGCUUACAACUGCUGGAGUGAGGAGAAAAAAAGGACACGAGCAACAAAAGGAACCAGUACAGAGACCAUCUUCAGAUUUUGUAGAUGGUAUUGCAUCUAUCUGUAAGUCCAAUACUGUGACAGGAUUUGCACAGGAUGAAUCUAGCAGGUCUUCUGAUGAUGAUGUCGAGACAUAUCUCGAUGAAAGAGGUCAUAUCCGAGUCAGUAGAGUCAGAGCCAUGGGGAUGCACAUGACCCGUGAUUUGCAAAGGAACUUGGAUUUAAUGAAAGAAAUUGAAAAGGAGAAGAGACUUUCUAUCAAGACUCCAACUAAUCAGUCUGUGCACAACAGAAAUAAGAUUGGUACCCCUAGAGGAUUUCCCAAUGAAAAUCACAAUGGAGAAAGUUCAAGCGGUGUCAAUGGUGAAUCUGCUAAUUUGAAUGAAAUGAACGAGCAGUCCUUGUUGAAUAAUGAGACUUCUGUGCAGAUAUCUUUUGAAGUCGGGGACGAGAGCAAGUGUUUCAGCAGUGAUGAGGAAGUUUUUGCUUCUUUAGUAGCUGGAAAGCCUGUAAAAAUGUCUUCUGCCAGCAAUAGUACAUCAAGAAGAUCUUCUGAUUCUGCUUCUGAUAGUGACUGGGAGGAAGGAAUUGUUGAAGGAAAAGGUAAUAGUUUUUCUAAUGACAUCGAAUUAAGAACUAAGCCGUCUUUUAAUGGUGGCAAUGUUAGUGAUGAUAGUGAAGUGGAAUGGAUGGAAGGAGAUUCUGAUAUUCAUGAUAACUCCUCAUAUCCAGCUGAAUCAAGAAAGCUAGUUUCGAAAGGGUCUUUGGAAGAAGAGGCUGCUUUGCAGGAUGCCAUAAUGAGAAGUCUUAAUGAUCUAGGGGUGGACAAAUUCAUCCACUCAGAACCUAACCCUGAAAAAAUUAAAAAUUCUGGAGGAAAUGUUAGCGAUGAUAGUGAAGUGGAAUGGGUGGAAGAAGAUUCUGAUGCUCAUGAUAAUCCAGCUGAAUCAAUAAAUCCAGUUUCUGGAGCUUCUUUGGAAGAAGAGGCUGGUUUGCAGGAUUCGAUAAGGAGAAGUCUUAACUAUCUUGGGGGUGAUAAAUCCGUCCACUCACAAUCUGACCCUAAAAAGGUUAAAAGUUCUGGAAAAGAUGGUUGUGAGGGUGUUAGCUUUCCCAAUCAAGAAGAUAAUUGUCCAAAUAUGCUCAGGAAGGACGCUUGCCAACAAAACAAAUCAAUCUCUGAAAUCUCGCAAUUUGAAAAGCUAGGUGAUUCAGGCGAAGUUAAUAUCUCCCAAGCCUUUCCUUCUGUAGGUAGCCAUUUAAAGUCAUCUGAAGCACAUAAUCCUGAUAAUGUGGUGAUGCUAAUAAAUGAAUCAUGUGAAAAGUAUGUGUGUUCUAAACCUGGCCAAAUAAGCCAAGAUGUGAAUAAAGGGAAGAAUGGGUGCAGAGACAUGCCAUCUAUUGAAUCAGUUGGCCCUUUGGAAGCAGAGGAGAACCACUUGAAUUUGGAGCCUGCUUCUGAUAUUGUGAAUGGUGGGCUAUCUGCCUCCAAUAAGAGGUAUCCAAGAGAUGGUUCUCAUAUCUCUGUAGCAGCAUCGAGUUUGCCACAUGUUGAGCUAAUUGAUGAUAGAAAUGAUAAGAAAGCAGAGCCAUCCACAUUCAUUGGUGGGGAGAAAAUUAGUUCUGAGGUUGAACCAGUUGAGAGUACCCAAUCUUUCCAAGAAGAUUCAGCAAAAGGCGGUGAUUUUGCACAGAAACUUGAUGGAGGGAAAAAUUCAGAGGACCAUCUUAGUGAAAGGGGGUGCUAUGUUGGCAAAUCUGCACCUAUGGAUAAUGAGAAUGAACAGGUGGAUUUUACAGAGGCUAGUUUGGAGAAGGAAAGGCUAAUUCUAGGUCAAGAAUAUAAGAAUCUAGGAGAUGAACAGAGAAAGCUUGAGCGUAAUGCGGAAUCAGUCAGCAGUGAGAUGUUUGCAGAAUGUCAGGAGCUGCUUCAGAUGUUUGGCUUACCAUAUAUUAUAGCACCAAUGGAAGCAGAAGCUCAAUGUGCAUAUAUGGAACUUGCAAAUUAUGUUGACGGGGUCGUGACUGAUGAUUCUGAUGUCUUCUUGUUUGGAGCUCGAAGUGUGUACAAGAAUAUAUUUGAUGAUCGUAAAUAUGUGGAGACAUACUUCACGAAGGAUAUCGAGAAAGAGCUUGGUCUAACAAGAGAGAAAUUGAUUCGCAUGGCUCUGCUUCUUGGAAGUGACUAUACCGAGGGUGUUAGUGGCAUUGGCAUUGUCAAUGCCAUUGAGGUUGUGACUGCGUUCCCUGAGGAGGAUGGGCUUAAAAAAUUCAGGGAGUGGAUUGAAUCACCAGAUCCAGCCAUCCUAGGAAACUUUGAUGUACAAACUGGUUUGGGUGCGAGGAAAAGAGAUUCAAAGGUUGGUGAUAGUGAAGUGGAUGGCACAGGUAAUGACAUGGAAGGAAUGACGCCAUCUGGCCUAAACGUUCCUCAAGGUCAUGAAGAAAAGCAAUCUGCAGAUAAUGCUCAAGUAAUAAAGCGGGUUUUCAUGGAUAAGCAUAGAAAUGUGAGCAAGAACUGGCACAUUCCUCCUUCUUUUCCGAGCGAAGCAGUCAUUUCUGCAUAUUCUUGUCCACAAGUGGACAAGUCAACUGAGCCUUUCACAUGGGGAAAGCCAGAUCUUCAUGCUCUUCACAGAUUAUGCUGGGAAAAGUUUGGGUGGGCCAUUCAGAAGUCAGAUGAGUUGCUAUUGCCUGUUCUGAAGGAGUAUGAUAAACAUGAGGUUGUGCUCCUCUCUCAUGUGCAUGCACAGACACAUGAACACACUCAACUACGACUGGAAGCAUUUUACAGUUUCAAUGAAAGAUUUGCAAAAAUUCGUAGCAAGAGAAUCAAGAAAGCUGUUAAAGGGAUCACUGGAAACCAAUACUCUGACAUGAUGGAUGAUCCUGUGGAAGAAGUUUCUAUAAGUAGAGGAACAAGUAGAAAUAUAUCUGGGAAAUCUGGCGACAACAAACCUCGGAAACCUUCAAAGAGAACUUCAAGAAGUGCUCCUGGCAAUAAGAGCAGCAUUGAAGUAAAAUCAAAUCCAAAGCGGUCUAGGAAAAGGACUGCUGAAGAGCCUGUGUUUUCUGAAGCUGAGAAUACAGAGGCAACUCUCAGGCAAUGUAGCAAGAGAGGAUUGCUAAGAAAUGGAAAAGGUAGAGGGAGAGGCAGGGGAAGGGGAAGGGGAAAGGCAAAUCUUGGUUUUGAACAAUUGGAUUCAAGCUCUUGUGAUGCUGAUAGUGGUCACGAUGAGCAUGAAGUUCAUGUUGAUGUGUCAAAUAGCCCAUGUGAAUUGCGGAAGUCAACACGGUCACGGAAACCUGUAAAUUACAGAGUUGAUGACUUGGAAAUUGAUGAUGUGGAGAAGUCAUUGGACCAGGGUUUCCCCUGUGCUCAAGAAUCACAUGGAGAUGGUGCUACCGACGUCAAUGAUAAUGGACAACUUAAAGUGGGAGAUUCUUCACUUCAGAGCUUCUCCAAGGAUUACUUGGAAAGGAGAGAUGGGUUUUGCAUUGGAGAAGAAGUUGGUCUCCCUGUUAUGGACCAAAAUAACUAUUCUCCGAAGGUUGAAGUUUCUAAGGAUUAUCUUGAAAGGGGAGGUGGCUUUUGUCUGGAUGACAGUGAGGCAGGCAAGGACCAAGGGAGUACCCAUAGCCCACCUACAACUGCUGACAGGGAAACUGGUGACUCUUCCUAUUUCUCAGAUAUCUUGGAAGAUGUUGACCAUGGCACUGAGCUUUUGAAUGAACUCAGAAAUGGAGGGAAGAAUGUUAAUGAUACCGACUUGAAGGCGGACAGUGAGGUUGCAACACCUGCUGGUGGUCAUUCAGUCAGCAGUGAGUCUCUGCCAGAAAUAAUAAAGAAUGAUAAUCUGACAUCUGGUGGUGUAGGCAGUCUAAGUGCAAUGCCAUUCCUGAAAAGAAAACGGAGGAAGGGUUGA